AUGACUUCACAUCCAAUUCAUGAGAACGUAACAAUAUCAUUAGAAAAUCUUUCAAAUGAAAUAUAUAAAUUAGUCUCAUCCAUUCGACCUGAUUGGAAUAGUUCAAAUACUCGUUUAGUAACAUUUACAGAAGGUAUAACAAAUUCAAUUGUAGGUCUUUUUGAUACUCGAACACCUGAUGAUGAAUCUGAAGCAUUAGUUAUUAAAAUAUUUGGUUCAAAUACCGAAUUAUUUAUUGAUCGUAGUUCCGAAAUGAAUGCAAUGAUAAAAUUAUCUGAAAAUAAUGUUUUAUCACAACGUGUACUUAUUGAAUUUAAUAAUGGUUUAAUUUAUGAAUAUGCAUCAGGUAGAGCAUGUUCAAGAGAAGAUGUACGAAAAGAUAAUAUAUCAAAAUUAAUUGCUAUUAAACUUGCACAAUUUCAUAAUGUACCUAUGACAAAAACUGAAACACCACAUACCAUAACACUUAUACGAAAAUUUAUUAAAUUAAUUAAUGAAAAAGAAGAGAUAUCAAAAUAUAUUUCUGAUAUUGAUAUUAUUGAAAAACGUAUUCUUCCACAUCUUAUACCAAAUCCUUUAAUUGGUAAAGAUCUUGUUCUUUGUCAUAAUGAUUUACUUGUUAAAAAUAUAAUUUAUAAUGAUAAAACUGAUAAAAUCUCAUUUAUUGAUUUUGAAUAUACACAUUUAAAUUAUGCUUUAUUUGAUAUUGCAAAUCACUUUGUUGAAUAUGCUGGUGUUGAUAAUGCUGAUUUUACUUUAUAUCCAACACGUGAUGAACAAAAGCGAUGGUUAAAAUUUUAUUUUCAAACACGCGGAAUGAAUGAACAAAUAAUAGACGAUAAUUUAUGUCAUCUUGUUGAUCAAUUUUCUGCUCUUGCUCAUCUUAUGUGGGGAUUAUGGGCGUUAGUUCAAUCAAAUAUAUCAUCAUUAGAUUUUGAUUAUGUUAAUUAUGCCAAAUUAAGAUUGGAUUCUUAUCAAAAAUUAAGAACAAUUCUUUUUCAAAGCAUUGAAAAAUAA